AUGGCGACGCGCGAUGGGGGCGUCACAGUGGGACGCUCGAGAUAUCCAAUCAUCAUGCGCGCGAUGUCCACGCCUCGCUCGUCCACGCGGGCGCUCGGAGACGGGUCGACGCGCCGCGGCGAUCGAGGUCGCCGCCCGGCGCGCGUGGACGUCUCGCGCGCGCGCGUUCGGGGCGCGAGAGCGACGACGGAGAACGACGAUGGUGAGCUGGCGAGUCGAAGGGCGUUUGACGUCAACGCCGAACUCGAGGCUGACAUCGCGCGGUACGCGAAACGGAGGAGCGAAACGAUGGGAGACGAACCGUCGUCGAGCGCGGGAGAACCGGGGGCGAUGGAUCAGGUCAAGGAGGCGAUCGACACGUUUCUGUUGUAUGAUUUCUUUGUGAUUUUGUUCAUCCUGGCGUGGCUGGUGUGCGGCGUCGGCGUGCGCCUGAGUCAAGGGAACGGGCUCUCGUACGACGAGCCGUUCUUGGGGACGUGGUUGUUCUUGUGGCCGUUUUUGUUUCAACCCCUGUUGGGGGUGCACAUGCUCGCGACGCUGGUGUCGCCGGCGAUCGGGUACGCGAAGAAGAAGGGAAUCGUGAGCGAGGAUACGUGGCAGUGA